GAUACUUGCUGUAUUCUAAGUAGAGCUUCACUGUGCUCUCUAAGGCCAUGAUUGCAUUUCACCAAAUUGUUAAGCAGUGUGGGAAUAUUGCUGCUCAGAGAAAAGUGCCAAUUUCCUGGCUCGGGGUGCGUUGGCCUGUACUGUGGCAUGCCACAUGUUGUGCUUCACUAUAGCAACCCAUCCACUCUGCAGCUGUACCUCCGGGAUCUCGAGACUCCAAUCCAAACCCCCAGCCAGCAGUCGAGUGCCGAGCUGGUCUGUGUUGAUGUCAUCUCUCUCAGACAGACUGUGUUUAAGAAUGUCUCUGGGAGUGGAGGCAAUGUUAGCUGUACAUGCACAACCCAGCUUACUCGCAUUCUCUGGCAAGGAACGUCCGUUUUAAAUAAAGGGGCUACGCCAUUUAAAUAGAGACCUCGUUCUCCCAGGCCAGCUGUAGCUGGGAAAUGUCGGGUGCACAACGAAUCUCUGCUUGCUCUUCUCUAUUGACAAGGCAUACAAUGGAGUGACUGGGACAGCUGCAGCAUGCCUUUCCUGUUAGGACUGAGACAGAACAAAAUAGUCUGUUAUGGAGUGAACAAUCAGAGCUACAACUGUGAUGCUGGCCAUUGCUGUGGGGAGUCGCAGUGCUGUAACUACUACUAUGAGCUCUGGUGGUUCUGGCUGGUUUGGACUAUAAUUAUAAUACUGAGCUGCUGUUGUGUUUGUCACCACCGACGCACAAAGCACCGGCUGCAGCAGCAACAGCGGCAGCAUGAAAUAAACCUGAUUGCAUACCGGGAAGCGCACAACUAUACCUCCCUGCCAUUCUACUUCAGGUUUUUGCCAAAUUAUCUACUGCCUGCCUAUGAGGAAGUGGUGAACACACCUCCAACCCCACCUCCACCGUAUAGUGCUUUGCAGCCGGGCCCUCCAGCCAGCAGCAGCCCCUCGAGCCCAGAGCAAGCACACAGAAACCCACAGACGGCACAAGUGAACACCCCACCAGCAGCCAACGAUGCCAUCUCCCAACAGCCCAGCACCCUGGAACCUGAGCCACCCACAGCCUACAUCCACAGAGAAGUCACAAAGCCUCAUGUUGCCUUUGAGCAGGACAGUCUGGACGCCUGCGCAGAGAAACUGGCUGAUCCAGGAGCCUCUCCAGACAAGGAAGGGGACUGUCGGAAAGAGCUGCUGAAAGACUUGAGCUCUGAAACCUUCUCGGAUGACAAAGACAAGACCCCAGGAAGGCACCGGCGCUUCACCGGAGAUUCAGGCAUUGAGGUUUGCGUCUGCAGCCGGGGGAGAGAGGCAGACGAUCUCAAGGAGCUGGACGGGCUGCUUGAUGAAGGAUUGGACGGACCCAUGGACUUCUGCGACGGCUGCAACACCUGUGACCCCCGGGCGCACGGGGAUGAGGAACUGGGACUGGCUGUCCUGGAGAGACACCAGGACCAUGGGGAGCCUUCGCUGUCUCGGCAACCGGCCUGCCUGUUGCUGCACACUAUAAAUGAGCAGGAAUCCCCAAACAGUCAGAGUGCCAGCAGCGACCCACAAAGUUGAGCACAAGUUUGGUGCAUAGGAAAAAAGUUGAACAGAAACAGCCUUUUUUUGUUGUUGUUUUUGUUUUCGGUUUUUUUUGUGGUGGUGGUGGUUGAGGGGUCACAUUAAGUCUGUGGCUGUUAUUUCUCAGUAAAACCGAGCAAAGCCUUAAGAUAAGUGCUGCACUGCUUUGAGGAGGACACCACUUUUUUUACUUUACAAAAAGAAACCUUCCCUUGAUGGCUGACAUGAGUAUAUGCUACACAGGUCGAGGUAGUUCACGUAUUUAGAAGGCGGCAAACUUUUUCACGAAAUGUUCACACCCUUGUAACAAGGAAUUUGUGGCCUGUUCCAGGUAAGAUGACUGGCAGCUGUAUGCACUGAAGUGAAAAAUGAAACCGGAAGAUUUAGUCUCUGAUUGCUAAUUUCAUUAGGAUUACAAUCAAUCACUUUUGUAAGUGCAUGUGUUUACAUGCAUCAUACGAUCACUUCACACAGUUAUACAAGGAAAUUAUCCUUUCAGUUCUGCUCUGGGACAGUUGUGUCUUACUGUGUUUAGAUCCUUCUAUUGAAAUGUUAAAGAUUAUAAAUGACUGUUCUUUUUAGAGCAAGUCCUCAUAGGGUUUGUAUAUUAAAAAAAAAAAAAAAUAGUAAAUUAGAUUUUUUUUGUGUACUGUGAGCGUUAAAUUAAGCAUUUUAAAUGUGCUGGCUGGAUUUUCUUCACUAGGUUAUGAGUAAAGUCACAUCCUUUUCACCUUGGCUAUAGUUGAGUGCUGAAAUGAAAACGAAACCUUGCAGCAACAAUCAAUCAAUUAAAUUGUAACUUGCAAUAAAAAAAAGUAACCUGCAACCCUGCUGUACCACAAAGGGUACUAAAUCAUAAUGUAGCUGUUGGAGCUUUACACAUUGAAAUCUGUUCUGUGUCUGUUAUUUUACAAGGUAUGUACAGUAUGCGAUUGUUAUCAAACAGCAAUGUUACCUGUUGGGUUUGACUCCCGUCUGUUUUAAGUAACUACUAAUAUUCCACCUAGGAAAUGUUGAGGGCUUUUUAUGUAUGUUUACAAAGCUUGCAGACCUGUUGAGCAUAUAAAAUAGCCUUUUUGGGAAGUUGGCUUCAGAUCCAUUCUGAUAACAUAGUGUUGUUCUUAUAGCCAUGCUGAGCUUUUAUUUAAAAUGUGCGUUUUGUUAAGUUGCGGUAUAAUGUUUUAAGAGGUGCUCUGCCCACCUUUUGCAGAUGAAGUACCAUUUUUGCACAGUGGUAUAAUAGGAAUUAACACUGCUUCCUGUAAAGCUUUUCACCAACAGAUGAAAGUGUCUAGCAGGUGGUAGUAGACUACAGUAAAUGCUUUGUUGUUACAUUUACUGCUGCUACAGAAUAAAAUGAAAAAUGCAUUGCACUGCACUGUCCUUUGACAACCUCAGGCAGGCUUGCAUUGUGUGUUUGUGGUGUUUUGAAGUUUGCAUCUUUCAAACAAAAAACAACUUUGUAUAACAUUUUAAACAUUAUCCUUUUAGAUUUUAUAUAGACUAUUUAUAAAUGAAAAUAUUAUCUUCAGUCUUGUUAGCUUUUGUUGCAUUGGUAUAGUAAAGUUGCUACUUUGCUGUACACCAUCUUUUCAAUGAAGCAUAUCUGAGUCUGUGUGCUGAGGAGGUUCUUGUCACUUGUUAGAGACUGACCUGACAGCAUUAUCAGUUAUCAUUGCAGAUUUAAAGGGAACAGCUGCAAAUUACAAGCAGUCAAAUACAAAAUCCCAUCAACUAUAUUCUAUAUUUUAAUAUACUGAUCAUCAAAAGAAAAGUAUCACUUAUAUUUGGAUAAAAUUCACUAGAUGUGAUCUAAAAAUGACAACCUUUGUUUCAGAGCAGGUGCAGUGUCUUUUUAUUGUGCCGCUUAACAGUUGAUAUCACGAAGAUGCUGCAGAAUGAUCUGUCGAUUUUGGGCAGGUGUUGAGACUCUUGGUCUCCCACUUCGUGGCCUGUCAUUGACAGAGUGUGUUUGGUUAUGCCGUCUCACCAGGUUUGAAAUUGCUGGCUGUGAUCACCCAAGACAGUGAGCCACAGUACACUGCGCUAGGCCUGCCUCCUAACACGCCGAUUGCACGAAGGCGCUGCUCUCUUGACAGACAUGGCAUAUUGUUUUUUUUUUCUGUGAUUUUCUUUAU